AUGCAAGCCGUCCCGGAGUCGCGACAGCAGACCUUUGAGGAAAUCUACGGUCCUCCGGAGAAUUUCCUCGAGAUUGAGGUCCGAAACCCCCAGACCCACGGCACAUCCCGGAACAUGUACACCUCGUACGAAAUCGUCUGUCGCACCAACAUCCCCGCAUUCAAGCUCAAGCACUCCGUCGUGCGCCGCCGCUACUCCGACUUUGAAUACUUCCGCGAUAUCCUGGAGCGCGAGAGCACGAGGGUGACUAUCCCGCCGCUGCCCGGGAAGGUGUUUACGAAUCGGUUCAGUGACGAUGUCAUCGAGCACCGCAGGGAGGGGUUGCAGCGGUUCUUGCAGAUUGUUGCCGGUCAUCCGCUUUUGCAAACAGGGAGUAAGGUUUUGGCGAGCUUUAUACAGGAUCCGAACUGGGACCGCAAUGCUUGGUAG